UACGGAGUACAUUACUGUCUUUGGAUCUUCGAGCGCAAUUAAGUAUGCGUGAGUGAAGAAUGGAAUUCUUCCAGCAGAAGCAACUGAGAAUCAAAACCUCAACAAGACAAAAUCAUGGCUGAGAUCGAAUCAAAACCGCUCUUGCAAAUUCAAUUGGACAUGGCCACAUGCUCCGACAACCCAGCUACUGAGCGGGUGGGCAAACACUCGUAUCCCUGGCUGGGACCUGAGUACAGCAACGGCACUAUGAGUUUCGAAACGCAUUUUCAGGACUAUGAAAUUGAGAAUCCCGCGGUGCUACUCCAGCAAGCACUUGGCGAUGCCUGGCGGAGGUUCGUGGAUGUUGUCGUAGCAGAGAUGGACGAGGCUGUGACGAAAUGCACUAUCUUGCCUUGAUCGCCGACAGCAUUCUUCAUGACCUUCGCGGCCACGGUGGUCAGUGCACGCAAGGUACCACACCAUGGAAAGAGGACGGCGUUCAUUUUGGGAGUUCAAAGACAUGGGAUUGA